CUUCCUCUAGCGCCACCCGCAGCGGAUCAGAAACGUUGGGGCCCCGCGGCUGAAGGUAAACUCCUCUCGGAAGAAACAUGAGGUUUCCCUGGACAUUAUUCAACGGGAAGAUAGAAGGAGCUGCUUAAAAGAGAUCCAAAACUUUAGACCGCAAGACUGGGGCCAGAGGGCUGGCAGUGGAAAACUCUGUUGGGUUGUGAUCUGUCACUGAAAAGUCCCAGGUGCCUUUUUACUUCUUGCAAAAGAAAGGAAGAGAAAGAGAAGACCAUGUCCAUUGCUUUAAAGCAGGUUUUCAACAAGGACAAGACUUUCCGUCCCAAGAGGAAAUUUGAACCUGGCACUCAGAGGUUUGAGCUUCACAAACGGGCUCAGGCAUCCCUCAACUCAGGUGUGGAUCUGAAGGCAGCCGUGCAGCUGCCCAGCGGGGAAGACCAGAAUGACUGGGUGGCGGUGCAUGUGGUAGACUUUUUUAAUCGGAUCAACCUCAUCUAUGGCACCAUCUGUGAGUUCUGCACGGAGCACACCUGCCCUGUGAUGUCAGGAGGCCCCAAAUAUGAGUACCGGUGGCAGGAUGAUCUCAAGUAUAAGAAGCCGACGGCACUGCCAGCUCCCCAGUACAUGAACCUUCUUAUGGAUUGGAUUGAGGUUCAGAUCAACAAUGAGGAUAUAUUUCCAACGUGUGUGGGUGUUCCCUUCCCAAAGAACUUCCUUCAGAUCUGCAAGAAGAUCCUUUGUCGCCUUUUCCGGGUCUUUGUCCAUGUCUACAUCCACCACUUCGACCGGGUCAUUGUGAUGGGUGCAGAGGCCCACGUCAACACCUGCUACAAACACUUCUAUUACUUUGUCACAGAGAUGAAUCUCAUAGACCGCAAGGAGCUAGAGCCCUUGAAAGAGAUGACCAGCAGGAUGUGUCACUAAUACCCCAUCUCACGCUUCGGAAGAAAGAGGAGAGCUGUUUCCUCCGGAUUCCCAAGUGGGCAGGAGGGAGACCUUCUGGAGGAAGUACCCCUUCUCCUACCAGGAGCAGGUGGAGACCAGCAGUGACUCCUGAGAGACAUUCCCCACUCAUUUCAUGUGCUCUUAACCCUCUGAGUGCUGCUAGCCACGAUCUGUGGGCCCGGCUGGCCCCAGUGAGAGAGAGACACGGGCCAUGGGCUCAAAGGGAAGCCUUGGCACUUAGCCUGCAGGCACCAUUCUGCCUGCCAUCUAAGCUUUACUGGAAUUCAGGUUUUGAGACUGAAAUACUUACCUGCCUUGUCAGGUGGCCGACUCCUGUAAUGUGUUUUCUAAGUGCCGAAUGAAUUUUGGAGCUCUGGUUGUGCAGCAAACUUUCCUAUAACAAGUCUUCUCUGUCUCUGGAAGCUUCCACACCGACUGUCUGUUCUAACCUCCUUCCUUCAAGGCUGUCGCUCCAGAGAGACCCAAGACCCCACUUAACAGGCAGUUUGGACAGGGACCAUACCAUGGGGAGGCUUGUCUCUACCCCAAACAGGGUCUGCUAACUUGAUUUUUUUUUAAAUUGCUAACUUGAUCUUAAUUCCAAGGCAGAGACUGGUUGCCAGCAUAAGUCUGAGUUGCCAGUUCACCCUCAACAGAGUGUGUGAGUGUGUGUGUGUGUGUGUGUGUGUGUGUGUGUGUGUUUUAAAAUAUAACCGCACUCAUUCCAGUCUCUUCCAUUCAAGAUCAUUCUUCUGUUUCCCAGAAGAGAAAUGACCAAGAACGGUCAUCAGAAGCCCUGAGCCCAAUUAGUGCAGUGUUUGUUCUUUGUUUAAGGAUAGGGAGUCACGGCUGUCUCUGCAUAAAACUAAAAUUUCAGUGAAAAUGCAACAGUACAAUUGGUUGUUUGGUGCACACUGCUCAAUAGCGAAGCCUAUUGACUUGGAACCAGCCCAGCUGGUGGAGCUUCUGAAUACAGUCAAUGUUUUCUUUCUUCUCCUCCCUCCUUUUUUCUCUUAGCCAUAUUAUAUUUGGGCACAAAAUUACUAUCAGCUCCUAUGAUAUCAGUACAGUUGCCAAGGUAACAGUGCUUAAGUUAACUUCCUUCCUUCCUUCCUUCCUUCC